UGUUACAGAGAUCAGUUCAGAACUGAGACUGAAAGAGCAGAAACAAUGAUUUAAUCUGAAUGAACGUUUCUGUCUGUUCAUCAUCACAGUUACAGGUACACACAAGGAAGUAUGGGGAAUUAAAAAUAAAAAGGUCACAGAUACACACACACACACACACACACACAUUCACAUCAAAAUUACUAGCUAACUAUUACAAGAUUGAAGGUCAACCCUUACAGAGAAGGAGCAGUUGUACAGGCUGAUGGCACCGGUAGGAAGGUUCUCCAGUGGCGUUCUGUGGAGAACCUAAUACUGAUCAGCUGUGGCUGAAGGUGCUCCUCUGUCCAGCCACACACUGUGUGGGGGUGGAGGUGUUGUCUAUAGAGAGGAGUUGGACCAGCAUCCUCCUCUCAGCUACAGCAUGUAGGGGUCCAGCUCCACCUCAGAACAGAACCAGCCCUCCUGAUCACUUUGUCCAGUCUGUUACUGUCUGCUACAUUCAUGCUACGUUAAAGGACCUGAGCCUCCUCAGGAAGAACAUCCUUCUGGUUCACAGCUGAGGAGUCCUUUUUCUAGUCCAGUUUAUUGUUCACUCCCAGGUAUUUGUACUCUUUUACCACCUCCACCUCUUCAUUUUAAAUAGUGAGAGCGGUGACAGCACUCACAGAUUUCCUAAACUCCAUCACCAGCUCCUUAGUUUUACUGAUGUUCAGUUGAAAGUGGUUCUGUCCACAUGUCCACAAAGCUGUCCACCACUCCGUGAUACUCUGUGACAUCACCACCCUGGAUACCUCCUACAAUAGCAGAGUCACCAGAGAAGUUCUGGAGAUGACAGGACUCUGAGUUGGACCUGAAGUGUGAGGUGUACAGGGUGAAGAGGAAGGAGACAGGACUGAUUCCAGUACUGUACAAUAUGUGUGUGUUGGGCCAGAGCGUCCAAACUGAAUCAUAUCAGAGGAGGAUGAGCAAACAGUUACAGUCACUGUUUAUAAAUGAAGAGCUCAGCUGUUUUAUCAAAACUGAUAAAACCCAACAACAGGGUGGAGACGUCUAUAAACGUCUGCUCGCUCUGCGUGGAACCAAUGUGGUUUUUAUAGAGUUGGUGAACGUGAUCAGUUACGACUUUACCACUUUACUUGUCAUCCAGACCAAACUCACAUGCUUCUACAUGCGUUUCUCAGAGUUACUGUGUCUGUGACAGCACGUCUGACUCCACGUGUGAUAACUCUCAAAAGGAAGACAGAAAAAGGUCACUGUCAUUGAUAGCUUGAAAACAAUGUAGCUGCUCUGAAAGGUGCAGUCGUCAUUAUGACCCGUAAGAGACUCCAGAACCAGCUGAUCUGAGAGAGCCCAGAGCCUCUGUCAUAGUUCUGUUAAGACCUUCCAGCUAGAAUCCAACCCUCUACAUACUGUACCUCAUCCAGUCCACUUGUACUAAAUUGGGUUAAAUACUGUAUCUUUAAACUUUUUCCAAACGGUUCUGAGAAUGAAUGGAUGGAAGUUUUGUGAUGCUUCUAUGUGUCACUGAGAUUCAGAAAUGGAGAACCUGUCAUCACUACACUACAAACACCUUCAUUAGAGUCUAAACCAGGAUUGUUGGGACUCAAAUGACAUAAAACACAAAACACUUUGAAGAAGCUGUCUGUGGAUCAGUGAACUCUUCAGCUGCUCUGAAGGUCAUUAAUCUCAUUUUAUGACCCUUCACAACCAAACAUCUGUCUAACCAAGAAUCCUAUCAUCUGAUAAACAGAAGAGAACAACUUGGUUUAAGACUAAGAGUCUUAAACUAAGACUAAGUUUAAGAGGCUCAGUCCUAAAUGAAUUCUGUGUGUGUUUAACCUUUAAAGGUGAGCAGUCCACUCGUCACCAGCUCUGUCACAGUAACAGAUCUGUUACCCAGCAGGAACGCUGGGCCUUAUCUCAAAGUAUCUGAUUAAUGGCCAUAAAGAUUCAUCCUUCCAACAGGUCACCAGAAUUCCUGAACGAUGUACAGCCCUAGUGCAUUAUUUAGGUCAGCUGCAGACAAAGAUUUGCAGCUGUUAGGUCCUUAGGGACAUUAUGUCAUGCAUUACAAAGCAGAUCUGCUUAAAGUUCAACACGGGUCGGAUGUGACUUCAGACAGUUCAGGCCUAUUUCUCCAACAAGUGUCACUGUUAAAGAACAGACGCUCCAGUAACAUAAACAACCUGUUCUGGGUGUCGGUGCAGCUAUUGUAUGUAUGACCUCCCAAUGAUGGAUGAGCCUCAGGUUAAAGAGCAGAAACAGGCCAAUGAGUCAGAAGGAGGAGGAGGAUGAGGAGGCGGAGGAGGGGGACGACGAGGACGAGGAAGAGGAGGGCCCCGAGCAGCUGGGUGACACCGUAUGUGGAUCUGAAGGGAGCAGCCAUGAUCAGCCGAAACUUCAAGAACGUGUUGGUGGUGUCCAUCGGGUUCCUCUCUCUGUUCACGGCUUAUGGAGGCCUGCAGAGUCUACAGAGCAGUCUGAACGCAGAGGAGGGGAUGGGUGUGGCCUCCCUGAGCGUCAUCUACGCCUCCAUCAUCAUCUCCUCCAUGUUUCUUCCUCCCAUCAUGAUCAAAAACCUGGGCUGUAAAUGGACCAUCGUGGUGGGCAUGGCCUGCUACGUCUCCUACUCCAUCGGGAACUUCUUCCCAGGAUGGUACACCCUCAUCCCCACCUCGGUGAUCCUGGGGCUGGGUGGCUCUCCCCUGUGGUCAGCAAAGUGCACAUACCUGACCAUUGUUGGGAACAUACAGGCGGCCAGGGACGGCAAGAAGGGCUCCGACGUCAUCAACCAGUACUUCGGCAUCUUCUUCUUCAUCUUUCAGUCGUCGGCCGUGUGGGGAAACCUCAUGUCGUCGCUCAUCUUCGGACAGGACACCAAAAUAGCUGACAUCCCAGAGGAGCAGCUGAGGACGUGUGGAGCAGCUGACUGCGGCCUCAACGUCACCUCCAACGCCAACGGCACCACCAGACCUGAGCAGCAGCUGGAGUGGACGCUGGUCGGCAGCUACAUUGGUGUGGGCCUGCUCGCCAUCCUCAUCGUGGCGGUGUUUCUGGACAACAUCGACCAGGAGCAGACCAGUCACUUCCGUGGGAACCGGGAGCCGUUAUGCAACACGUUCCUGGCCACGUUCCGGCUGCUGAAGGACUGGCGUCUGGUGACCCUCAUCCCUCUCACCAUGUACAGCGGUUUUGAGCAGAGCUUCCUGUCUGGAGAAUACACAAAGAAUUACGUGACCUGUGCUUUAGGGAUCCACUACAUUGGAUUCGUGAUGAUGUGCUUCGGAGCAUCCAACUCUGUUUGUUCGUUCAUCUUCGGGAGACUUGCUCGUUACACGGGCAGAGCUGCUCUCUUCUUCUUUGGUGCGCUGAUCAACGUCUCCUGCAUCAUCGCUUUGCGGUUCUGGAGGCCUCAUCCGGACCAGCUGCCCGUCUUCUUCGUGUUCCCCGCUCUGUGGGGAAUGGCCGACGCCAUCUGGCAAACUCAGACCAAUGCUCUUUAUGGCGUCCUCUUCCCCCGGGACAAAGAAGCAGCCUUUGCCAACUACCGCAUGUGGGAGUCCCUGGGCUUCGUCAUCGCCUUCGCCUACAGCACCUUCUUGUGCCUGGAGUAUAAACUGUACAUCGUCCUGGCUGUUCUGCUGCUCAGUGCCGUCACCUACCCCAUCGUGGAGUACCAUGAACACAAGAACCCCACGCCGCCCAUAGAACAGGACACCCACCAGGCUCACAAGGAAGUCAUUGAAGCCGAUGGAAAAGUGAUCAUUAACCAGACACAGAUGUAAGACGUUUAGCUCCUGGCCUGGUGCUACACUAGGCUGCCAAUCAGCUGAUACUGAGGCACUGAGGAGAGGUCAACACACCGACUGCACCCUUUACUGUAACACUGUGGCCCAAACAAACUGGAACUGCAUUUUCUGCCUCAGUGGGACUUUUACAUCCACUUCUGUUUUUAUCUUUUCUAUUCAAUUAGGGCAAAUGUGUCUGUAUUUGAAAAAGCACUUUAUGUACUUUAUAUAUCAAUGCAAUUAUUUACCUCAUAAUAUAAAAUGAAAAAAUAAAGUGCAGAAUAAAUAUGUGAAAAGGUUCAGGGUUUGUCACCACUUCAGUUCAUCUGAUUUGGAUUCUGACGCCACUAGGUGACGCCCUUUCCUUUGGAGCGGGAUCUCCCAGUAUUUGUAACUGGUCCCUGUGCAGUUCCACUAA